AUGCCUUCCCGCCUCUUUUGCAGAGGAACGGAUCUCCCCUCGUGUCAUUCCCCUACCUGUCUUUCAUCAAUGUCCCCCCGGCAUAGACGCACCGGCAAAACCAUCACGACCACCCCCACCUUUCAAACCUCCUGUCUCAUCCCUCUCCGUCCCUGCCCCCCAAGCUUGACGUGCCACGUGCCACCGCGAUUGCCAUGCUUUCGGACAAGGGCGUAUCCCCACGUCACUCGUUGUGGCAUUCAGCGACCUGAGCGAUAUGAUGCCACCGACUGGGCAAAAGCCCUUAGCACCCUACCUCGCUCAAUCGUCUUGCGUCGCGUUCGUGGUCACAUCAUCGCUAACUCAGUUGCAUCAUCCCUUGUCCUCGUCGCCUACGAAUUCCUUUUGCGUAACGCCCCCGAUUUCGUGCAUCACCUCAACGUAACCCCUAUUCCACAUACGUUUAUGGUCAACGCCAUGUCGUUGUUGUUGGUCUUCCGCUCGAAUGCCGCCUACACCGCAGGACCGAUUUUGGGAGGGCCGCAAACUGUGGGGCAACUUACUUAACACAUCCCGUACUAUGGCGCGAAUAUGCACUUUGGCGAUGCCCAAGACGCAUGUCGACGUUGCCGCCAGACUAAUUACAUGCUUCAGUUUUGCUCUCAUGCACCAUCUCCAAGGGCGACGAGAAGACGAGCCGUUUAAAGAAA